CUUCAGCGCACCGGUCGGUUGGCUCACCGGCAGAGCAAAAGAUGGCGGCGGCGAUGCGGGUGGCGGCGGUGAGGGGCCGGCUGGGCUGGCUCGCGGGCGGCCUCCGCACCGCUCUCCGCGGCCUCUGCAGCCAGCAGCCGGCCACGGUGACGGAGCGCAUCGAGAGCAAGCGCCGGGCGGCGCUGCGGGGAGGCGGCCAGCGCCGCAUCGACGCGCAGCACAAGCGGGGAAAGCUGACUGCCAGGGAGCGGAUCCACCUCCUGCUGGACCCUGGCAGCUUUGUGGAGACUGACAUGUUUGUGGAACACAGAUGUGCAGAUUUUGGAAUGGAUGCCGAAAAGAAUAAGUUUCCUGGAGACAGUGUGGUGACCGGACGGGGCCGGAUCAAUGGAAGACUGGUUUAUAUCUUCAGUCAGGACUUUACAGUGUUUGGUGGCAGUCUGUCGGGAGCGCACGCGCAGAAGAUCUGCAAAAUCAUGGACCAGGCGAUGAUCGUGGGGGCCCCUGUGAUUGGGCUGAAUGACUCGGGGGGCGCUCGGAUCCAAGAGGGCGUGAUGUCCCUGGCUGGCUACGCAGACAUCUUCCUGAGGAACGUCACGGCGUCGGGGGUCAUCCCGCAGAUCUCUCUGAUCAUGGGCCCCUGCGCGGGCGGCGCCGUCUACUCCCCAGCCCUCACGGACUUCACGUUCAUGGUGAAGGACACCUCCUACCUGUUCAUCACGGGGCCGGACGUGGUCAAGUCCGUCACCAACGAGGACGUGACGCAGGAGGAGCUGGGCGGGGCCAAGACGCACACCACCAUGUCAGGGGUGGCGCACAGAGCGUUCGAGAACGACAUCGACGCCCUGCUCCACCUGCGGGACUUCUUCAACUACCUGCCGCUCAGCAACCGCGACGCGGCGCCCGUGCGCCAGUGCCACGACUCCAGUGAGCGGCUGGUGCCCGAGCUCGACACCAUCGUCCCGCUGGAGUCCACCAAGGCCUACGACAUGCUGGACAUCAUCCACGCCAUCAUCGAUGAGCGCGAGUUCUUCGAGGUGAUGCCGAGCUACGCCAAGAACAUCAUCGUGGGCUUCGCGCGCAUGAACGGGCGCACGGUGGGCGUGGUGGGCAACCAGCCCAAGGUGGCCUCGGGCUGCCUGGACAUCAACUCUUCGGUGAAGGGCGCCCGCUUCGUCCGCUUCUGCGACGCCUUCAACAUCCCGCUCGUCACCUUCGUGGACGUCCCCGGCUUCCUGCCCGGCACGGCGCAGGAGUACGGCGGCAUCAUCCGCCACGGCGCCAAGCUGCUGUACGCCUUCGCCGAGGCCACCGUGCCCAAGGUCACCGUCAUCACGCGGAAGGCCUAUGGCGGCGCCUACGACGUCAUGAGCUCCAAGCACCUGCUGGGCGACACCAACUACGCCUGGCCCACGGCCGAGAUCGCCGUCAUGGGCGCCAAGGGCGCGGUGGAGAUCAUCUUCAAAGGGCGGCAGGACGUGGAGGCCGCGCAGGCCGAGUACAUCGAGAAGUUCGCCAACCCCUUCCCCGCCGCCGUGCGAGGGUUCGUGGACGACAUCAUCCAGCCGUCCUCCACGCGAGCCCGGAUCUGCCACGACCUGGACAUCCUGGUGAGCAAGAAGGUGCACCGGCCGUGGAGGAAGCACGCCAACAUCCCCCUCUAGCCACGCCCACCCAGCCCCAGCCCUGUCUUCAUUCCCACAGCACUCCCUGCUCCAGUAAAUGACCUCUGAAGCGACUGUCA